AUGGCUGACGACGAAAACGAAUCAAGAUCAGGCGAUGAAAAGCCUGAAGUCAAGGACAGUGUUACAGAAUCAAAUGAGACUGUCAGUGAUAAUAAGGAAAGUGAACCAGAGAGCAAAGUAGCAGAUGAACCUGAUGCUGCCAAAAAGGAGGAAGAAAAAAGUCCCAAAAAAGUGGAGAAAGACCAAAAAGAGGACAAAGUUGUAAAAAAGGAAAAAGCCAAAAAGAAAGAGGAAACAGAGGAUGAAAUUGAAGAUGAUGAUGAGGAUGAAGACGACGACGAUGAGGAGUUACCUCCUGGACUUCUUGAGCGCCCACUGGAAGUGGAAGGUAAAAGAGAAAAGAAGAAGGUCGAGAGACUCUCUGCAUCAAUGAUCACUUCUCCAACAGAAAAGAAAAAGCUUGAGAUUGAAAAAGGAACUGGAAAGAAGCUUGGUGACAUCCCAUACAUCGAGCACCAGUUGAAUAUCACCAAGGCCGUCGAUUUGAAACCCCUUCACAGAGUUUUAUUCCUUCGUGUUGGAGCAAAUAAUGAAAUCAAGAAAAAUAUCAGACAGUUUAGUGGUUUCACACAUGGAAAGGACUCAAAGGAACAUGAGAAGAGAGUAGCAUGUUUGAACAAACUGGUAUUGGCAGAACUGAAAGCUAUAUGUCUCGCAUUAGGGCUUGAAAGAGGAGGCACUAAAGUGAAUCUAGUUGACAGGGUGAUGGAUUUUCUCAUGAAGCCCAAAGACAAAGGUCUGAAUGUCAAGAGCAAGACAAAAA